AUUCGCUCUGAUAAGCUGCCAGGGUAAGAAUCAAGAACCUUUCAUCUUGUGGGAACCCUUGGCACGUCCUGUUUGAGAGUGCUUCUCAAUUGUUGCUUCUGAUAUCUCAGUGCUAUGGGAAGCAGGUGUCUGCCCCUGCUCUCAGGUCUCACUGUCCUGCUGGCUCUGUCAGGAUCACAUGUCAAAAAUUCUGAAGGUCUCUGUCCCAAGUGCCCUGAAAAUGCCAGCUGCUCCAACAGUACCCACUGUGCUUGUAAAGAUGGAUUUCAGUCCGUGUCUGGGAGGAAGUACAUUGAGCCCCAUGAGAAGUGUGAAGAUAUCGAUGAGUGUGAGACUGGUCUGGCAAAGUGCAAGAAGAAAUCCUACUGCAGAAAUGAAAUUGGAAGUUACUACUGCAGCUGUGUCCCAAAUUCUGUCUUCAACUUUGUGGCUGGCUUAUUUAAAUUAGAUUAUAAACAGUGUUAUGAGGCCACUGGUGAGGAGAUACAGGUCUCAAGGGGCAUUCAGGAAAUUCUGAUGAACAAUGGAAGCAAAAAUCACACUGCAAAAGUGGCGACCCAAGUACUUCAAGACAUGGAACUGAUCGUAUGGACUGAGACUUUAGCUUUUCCAGGAAAGUAUGAGAAUUCUACGCUUGGUAUAGUUUAUGAAACCAAGAGGUGCAAUGACACAAGUGAGAAGACUCUUCUGGAGGCUGGAAAUAACACUAUGGAUAUCAACUGUACUGAUGCUUUCAAAGGAACCAUAGGAGAUAGAAGUGCAGUUGCACUUAUCACUUAUCAAUCUCUUGGGAAUAUUCUGAAUGGAUCUUUUUUUAAUGAUGGAAGAGGGACACAGGAAGUGAAACUGAACUCUCGUGUCACAAGUGGCACCAUUGGUAUGAAGGAAAAAGUAUAUCUCUCUGAACCUGUGUUCCUGACCUUCCAAAAUAUACAGCCUGGUGGUGCAAGAGCAAAAUAUUUCUGUGUCUCCUGGGAUGCAUCAGAGGAGGGGGGCGCCUGGUCAACGCAGGGCUGCUCUCAUGUGGGCAGCAAUGAUUCACACACCCGAUGCAAAUGCUUCCACCUUUCCAGCUUUGCUGUUCUCAUGGCUCUUGUUCCCAAGGUGGAUCCUGUGCUGACUAUGAUCACCUAUGUGGGGCUGAGCCUCUCUCUGCUGUGCCUCCUCCUGGCAGCCCUCACCUUCCUCCUGUGCCGACCCAUCCAGAACACCAGCACUUUCCUCCACCUGCAGCUUUCCAUUUGUCUCUUCCUGGCCCAUCUGCUCUUCCUAACAGGGAUUGACCAAACUAAGCCUGAGGUGCUGUGUUCCAUCAUCGCUGGUGUGCUGCACUACCUCUACCUGGCCUCCUUCACCUGGAUGCUCCUUGAAGGGCUACAGCUUUUCCUAACCGUCAGAAACCUCAAGGUGGCCAAUUACACCAGUGCAGGCAAAUUCAAGAAGAGGUUCAUGUGCCCUUUUGGCUAUGGGGUUCCAGCUCUGAUUGUGGCUGUGUCUGCAAUAGUAGCACCCCAAAAUUAUGGAACAUAUGAUCGCUGCUGGCUCAAGCAUGAUAAAGCGUUCAUCUGGAGUUUUAUGGGACCAGUGGCAGUCAUUAUCUUGAUAAACUUGGUGCUCUACUUUCAAAUCCUGUGGAUUUUGAGAAGUAAAGUUUCCUCCCUCAACAAAGAAGUUUCUACCAUUCAGGAUACCAGAGUCAUGACAUUUAAAGCCAUUGCUCAGCUAUUUAUACUGGGCUGUUCUUGGGGCCUUGGCUAUUUUAUGGUUGAAGAGUUCGGGAAGGUGAUCGGAUCAGUCAUUGCCUACACAUUCACCAUCAUCAAUGUCCUGCAGGGGGUUUUGCUCUUUGUGGUACACUGUCUCCUUAAUCGCCAGGUGCGAAUGGAAUACAAGAAGUGGUUUAGUGGGAUCUGGAAAGCAAUUGAGACUGAAAGCUUUGACGUAUCUCGCUCUACGAUCCAAACCAAAAUGGAGGAACCAACAACAUCAUCAGAAUUCUAUCGCAGAAGAGACGCUGCGUCUGUUCAACCACAGCCUCAGACUCUGAUCUCUGCUCUUUGGCUAAAACCAGCAAACUGAGCUGCUGUGGACAGCGCCCUCUGGACACAUGGAUGGGACAAAUGCCACCAUCUGUCUUUCUCCUGA